AUGCAGGCCCUCCGUGGCGUGGGCGGCAUCAUCCUGAAUGCCGAGGGCCAGCGCUUCUGCAACGAGCUGGGUCGGGACUACGUCACAGGUGAGAUGUGGAAGAGCAAGCCGCCGUUCAGGCUUUGCCUCAACAAGGCAGCUUCUGACGAGAUCAUCUGGCACUGCAAGCACUACACGGGGCGUGGCGUCAUGAAGUACUACAACAGCGGCGCGGACUUGGCGAAGGACAUGGGCGUCUCCCUGUCCGUGAUCGAGAAGGCCCACGAGGACCACUUCCAGGCGGCCAAGAAGACGGAGACGCACCCGGACGACGGCCCGUUCCCCGCCUAUCCCUCUGGCAAGUGCUGGGACGAGGCCAGUGGCAAGACGGGCAGCGGCAAGAAGUUCUUCCACAAUAUCAUCCCUGGCGAUGCCGUGAAGAACGAGCCCUUCUACGUUGCCAUCAUCACGCCCGUGAUCCACUACUGCAUGGGCGGCCUCCUCAUUGACACCGACUCUGCAUGCAUCGGCUCCAACAACCUGCCAGUCCCGGGCUUGUACGCUGCCGGCGAGGUGGCGGGCGGAGUGCACGGCAACAACCGCUUGGGAGGAAACUCCCUGCUGGACUGCGUGGUGUUCGGCCGCGUGGCCGGUAAGGCAGCUGCCAAGUACAUGUUGGGCGCCGACAUGAAGGAUGUGGACCUUUGUGCGAUCACCGGCGGCGGGCUGACUGGCGCGGUGCAGAGCUCCAAGCUGGCUGGCGGCUCCUACGAGGACAAGAUGAACUCUGCUGCCCCAGCGGCUGCUGCAGCACCGAUGGCAAACGGAGGCGGCGGUGGUGGCGGCGGCAUCAGCCUUGCAGACGUUGCCAAGCACAACACCAAGACGGACUGCUGGGUGGUGGUCGAUGGUCAGGUGCUUGACGUCACCAGCUUCUUGUCGGAGCACCCCGGCGGCGAGCUUGCAAUCCUCACCUUCGCCGGAAAGGAUGCCACGGAGGAGUUCAACAUGAUCCACCCUCCGGAUGUGAUUGGCAAGUAUGCUCCUGACUCCGUCAUUGGUAUGAUCGGUGGCGGCGGCGGCGGGGGUGGUGCAGUUGCUGCCGGCGGAGGUGGCGGCGGCGGGGGAGGCAUCCCCAUGACCGAGGUGGCCAAGCACAACAGCAAGUCGGACUGCUGGGUGGUGGUCGACGGUCAGGUGCUGGACGUCACCAGUUUCUUGUCGGAUCACCCCGGUGGCGAGCUUGCAAUCCUCACCUUCGCCGGAAAGGACGCCACGGAGGAGUUCAACAUGAUCCAUCCCCCGGACGUCAUCGGCAAGUACGCCCCGGACUCCGUGAUCGGCGCCGUCGGCUCCGGCGUGGCAGCUGCUGCCAGCGCCGCUCCCAAGGCUGGUGGCGGCGGGCCCAUCAGGAAGGACACCGGCAGCAAGCUCGGCAACCACGCGGCUUGGGGUCACCUGGACGGGGCGCCGAACUGGCGCGUGGAUCUCGACGAGAACCCAGGUGUCCUCCUGAUCAACGUGAAGUCCUACUUCAACGCCACUUGGUUCCUGCUGCUCUCGGUGCUGUACGAAGUGUGCGCCACCAUCUUCUCUGCAAAGAACAUCAAGAUCUCCAACGACCGCUUGGGUCUGACCCGCAGUGCCAUCUUGCUGAUUCUCUUCAUCGUCAUCCACGCGGUGGGUAACCUCCACGUCUUCAAAGGUCCGGAUGACUUCAACGGCUACGGCUACUUCUACGUGCGCCUCUACUGGACGGGCUUUGGCCUGCCCGCCAACAUCGUGGAGGAGUACAUCCUCCUGUCGGUGCUGCUCCACGUCUUCGUGGGCCUGAAGCGAACAUGGGACAUGAAGCUCGCGUUGGUGCAGACCCAGGGCAUCAACGUCCUGAACCUGGCCAUCUCCGGCUUGAUGCUCCUGACCUUCAUGACCAUCCACCUCUUCCAGUUCCGCUUCGGCGACACCGACCAGUUCGGCCCCUACUACAUCCGACCGCCUCCGUACCUCAUCAACUUCUGGGGCAUCUCCUCCCUGAACCUCUUCUGGACCUCCGACGCCAGCGUGGAGAAGGUCGGCGUGCGCGACAUCUAUGCUUUGGAGUUCCAGAUCUUUAAGAACCCGCUCUGGUCCUUCUUCUACAUCUUCUCUGUCUUCAUCUUCAUGUACCAUGCCUGCAUCGGCUGGAAGAAGGUGACGCCCGUGCUGGGCAUUCCCAGGGGACACAUCUGGCGGGUGGAGCUUAUCGGCUACGGCAUCAUGAUCGUCAUGGGCCUGGUCUACAUCUCCUUCCCCCUCUAUGUCAUGAGCACCCAGCCGUUUGGAGGCUACGAGGCAAGCAUCCAGAUCCCGGGACGCGUGGAGUGA